CAAUUCUCCAACUCUGCUAACCAAAGAAUCCGAUCAUUUUUCGUUUGUUUUGAGCUGAUCCCCGGCACAAGAUCAAAUCAAAUUUAAAUAUUUUUAUUUUCUCAUCAACCAAACAGACCCCAGAAACUCAUCCCUUGAGAGUUACCUAUUCUGAAUCGAUUCAUGUUACCAUUGUUAAUACUAUUAUAAUGAUUUUCUCCAGAAUCGGUCGCACUGUCUCCCGCUCUUCUCGCUCCGCUUUCCGAACAAAUGUAAUAUCGAGGAAUCUGUUAUCAAAUGAAUCGCAUGUCUCUACGCCUGUUGGAAAUGCGUGCAUUUCACGCGUCAAUCAAGGGUUAGGGAUUGUAAGGGGUUAUUUUGCACCAGCUGGAACUGGGAAGCACCUUGUUUCGAAUGCGCGAUUGUUGAAUUUGGAUUCGAUUCUCGCAAACCCUAGGAUUAGGCGGUUUUUCUCCAGUGAAGGAUCAAAGAAAAGCAGAUAUGAAAAUUACUACCCCAAAAACAAGAAGGAAAUUCCUAAAGCGAAUGAACAGAAAUCUCAAUCCAAAGAGGAUUCAGGUGCUGGUGAUCCUGGAAAUUCCCAGAACAUUGCAAAGUUGAUGCAGAAUGUGAUCACUCCUUUGUUGUUGUUUGGGAUUUUGUACACGUCAAUUUUUUCAGGUCCUCAUGAGCAGAAGCAGAUCAGUUUCCAAGAGUUCAAAAACAAGCUCCUGGAACCUGGCUUGGUGGAAAAAAUUGUUGUUUCAAAUAAAUCAGUUGCAAAAGUUUAUGUGAGGAGCUCACCACGCAAUGCAAAUCAAGCCACUGAUGAUGUUACACAAGUUCCAACAAAUGGAGCUCCUGCAAGAAGAAAUAUAAGCCAAUAUAAGUACUACUUUAACAUAGGGAGUGUUGAAUCUUUCGAGGAGAAGCUAGAGGAAGCCCAGGAAGCGUUGGGAAUAGAUCCUCAUGAUCAUGUUCCUGUAACUUAUGUAAGUGAAGUGAACUGGUUCCAAGAGUUGAUGCGGUUGGCACCCACAGCCUUGCUCUUAGGGGCCUUAUGGUUUAUGGGGAGACGAAUGCAGAGUGGACUUGGAGUUGGUGGUUCAGGCGGGCGAGGUGGUCGUGGAAUAUUUAAUAUGGGAAAGGCACAUAUUACAAAAUUGGACAAGAAUGCAAAGGACAAGGUCUUCUUUAAAGAUGUUGCUGGUUGUGAUGAGGCAAAGCAAGAAAUUAUGGAGUUCGUACACUUCCUAAAGAACCCAAAGAAAUAUGAGGAGUUAGGAGCAAAAAUUCCCAAAGGUGCACUUCUUGUUGGUCCUCCUGGCACUGGGAAGACACUUCUUGCAAAGGCAACUGCUGGCGAAUCUGGUGUGCCUUUCCUCUCUAUGUCUGGAUCAGAUUUUAUGGAAAUGUUUGUUGGAGUUGGGCCGUCAAGAGUGAGAAGCUUAUUUCAAGAGGCAAGACAGUGCGCCCCUAGUAUCAUAUUUAUUGAUGAGAUAGACGCAAUUGGUAGAGCAAGGGGUCGUGGAGGCUUCUCUGGUGGCAAUGAUGAGCGUGAAAGUACUCUUAAUCAGCUGCUUGUAGAAAUGGAUGGAUUUGGAACAACUUCUGGAGUUGUUGUGCUUGCUGGCACAAAUAGGCCUGAUAUUUUAGACAGAGCCCUGUUGAGACCUGGUCGGUUUGAUCGUCAAAUUACAAUUGACAAACCUGACAUCAAGGGUCGUGAACAAAUCUUUCAAAUAUACCUGAAGAGACUGAAACUUGAUCAUGAGCCAUCAUAUUACUCUCAGCGACUUGCUGCUCUAACCCCUGGUUUUGCUGGAGCUGACAUUGCAAAUGUUUGCAAUGAAGCAGCAUUGAUUGCUGCAAGGAAUGAAAGUGCGCAGAUAAGCAUGGAGCAUUUUGAGUCAGCUAUAGACAGAGUAAUAGGUGGUUUAGAAAAGAAGAACAAGGUCAUAAGCAAGUUGGAAAGGCGAACUGUUGCCUACCAUGAAUCAGGCCAUGCUGUUGUUGGUUGGUUCUUGGAACAUGCAGAACCAUUGCUUAAAGUAACAAUUGUUCCUCGUGGUACUGCAGCGUUGGGAUUUGCUCAGUACGUUCCCAAUGAAAAUCUUCUGAUGACAAAAGAGCAGCUUUUUGAUAUGACUUGCAUGACACUCGGUGGUCGAGCUUCUGAACAGGUUUUGUUGGGGAAGAUUUCAACCGGAGCUCAGAAUGACUUGGAGAAAGUAACGAAGAUGACCUAUGCCCAGGUGGCAGUGUAUGGUUUUAGUGACAAGGUUGGUCUUCUUUCUUUCCCUCAAAGGGAUGAUGCGUUGGAGAUGACCAAGCCUUACAGCAGCAAGACUGGUGCAAUAAUUGACAGUGAAGUAAGAGAGUGGGUGGGUAAGGCAUAUGAACGGACAGUGCAGCUGAUAGAGGAGCACAAAGAGCAUGUGGCUCAGAUCGCAGAAUUGCUUCUGGAGAAAGAGGUGCUUCACCAAGAGGACUUGGUUCGUGUACUAGGGGAACGCCCAUUUAAGCCAAGUGAGCCCACUAAUUAUGAUAGGUUUAAGCGAGGGUUCCAAGAAGAAAACAAGGAAUCCAAGGACACGACAGAGAGCAAAACUGUGGAGGAUGAUGGGUCAGCACCAUUGGAACCUGAGGUUGUGCCUGCAUAGUUCUUGAACAUAUUCAAGGUUGUGUAAAUUGGAACUUUUCUCAAGGUAAAUUUGCUCACAUUGCCCCCCACCUUUUAUCCAAACCGAACCCUGAAGCUGUAAAAAGGAAAACAAAUCUCUAAUCUACAAAAUGAAAUAUUCUUCUUGGAAAUGCUUGAUGUUUCUCUCUUGAAUUCACGCACUGGCAGGUAGCAAUGUGCAAAGCUAAAGUGAUUUCCAGUAUAAACCUACGAAAGUUUAACAGCUUGUUAUUCUUAGAACUUGUCCCAUUUGGAGAGUUUGGUGGCUAUGGGCUGAUGGUCAGAUUCUACUUUCUGUCUUUGCCUCUCAGCCUAAUUACAAUUCAGGCCUUGUCGUACAUGAUUCAUUCAGAGAAUGAAAUGAUUGAAAAACUCCAAAUAAGCAACCGACGGGCAGUGGUGAUAGCACGGUGAUAUGCGAAUGCACAAAAAGGAAUAAUACCUUUCCAAGGAGCCUCCUUUAAUCCUUUAACGAAAAGAACAAUGAAGGAUUCAGAGUUUUGGACUGUUUUGCUCUUGGUAAAAAAGCAGUGGACGAAUGAUACCCACAUGCUGAUUUCUUUUAGGAGGGGUCGAUUUAAGAGAAUAAAUUUUAUCCACUUGUGGCCUGUACAGCAGUAAAGGCAUGAUGGACCUUUGAAGUGACAUUUUGGAUUGUAAUUUGUGGUGUACGAUGACACAUGGACAUCUUCCCAUACUAGUUUUCCGAGAUAAGGAAAGCCUUAAUUUCCGUCAAACAGUGUUUUGUCCAAAUCCUAGUUCCUGGUCCCAAACCAUUGCUGUCGCCAGCUGAAAGCGAGCUACUUCCCAGUUGAGAAAGGUGAGGGCAAGAGUUUACAAAUCACAGAGUCAUCUUAGCCACAUAAAUUGAUAUGAAAACGAAGCAAGACCAUUGACAGUAUCCUCUCAGUUAGAUAGGGAGAGUUGGAGUUUGGUUUAUGUAUUUCCAAGGCCAGGGUCCCGGAGGGUGGUAGCCGAAACUUACUUUUCCUUGAAAGCUGUGCUGAUUCUGCUUUCAAUCAGUUGUAUAACCCAAGGCCAAGGAAAAGUUUGCGUGUCUUCUUUCGAGUGUAGGCUCAUUUCUGCUGUGAUGGAGCUCCCUCGAUGAUGGGGAUACAUUUCAUUUGGGUGAAAAUAAUGGGAGGGGAUGUGGGCUACUACCAGGGGAAGUGAAAGUGGACAAAAUUUUAGUGUUUGCUUUGGAGCGUAAAAGACUGCCAUAAAAGGCUUACCCAUAAAUCCAAACGCUAAUGGCCUCCUUGUUGGAAAGCAAAGCUCAGAUAAGGAUGCUCUCCAGCAGGACUAAUAAUUCAUCACCAAUUAUUUUUGGGGUUUCUUUUCUUUUUCCCUUUUUUUUUAUUUUUUAGCUUCUAGUGUAGAGGGAUUUUGAGGGGUUUGGAUUGAUGUAGAUCCCGUAGAAAUACUAUAAUACCGUUUGCUGGCUGUACAAAAUCUUGCCGCUAAUACCCCAACAAUGCAAUUUGUUUAAUUUGCUGAUUUGUUUAAUUGUUUCUGCAACCUAACCUUGGAAGAAAGUACUUCUCUUGAUCAUGAUUGGUGGAUCGAAAUCA